AUGAUAGGGAGAUUUUUAAAAAAAAUCUCUUUUAGUCGUUUAAGGGUACUUCCUUUUAUCAUUAAGGACGGAAAGAAACUUCAUCAUUUAAUACCAAUUAAUAAAAAAUAUAAUCAUUAUGAUUACAAUAAUAAUAACAAGAGAAUAAAAUAUUUUCCUCGAUCAUAUUUAUAUGCACUUGUUGGUGGAUUUUCUGGAAUAUUUGUAAAUGAUGAUGAUAAAAUGUUAACAGAAAUGUUAAAUGAAAAUGUUAAAUAUAUUCAUUCAAAUGAUUUAGCAAUAAAAAAUUUAAAUGAAGAACAAAAAAAAGAUGGCUGGGAAUUACUUCAUUAUCAACACGGGCUUAAAGUUCUUAGAAGAAAAAGAAAUUUUGGUGGUAAAGAAUUAUGGGAAUAUAGAUGUAUAGGAAAAUAUGAUGAUAUAUCAUUAUGUGAUUUUGUUGAUGCUCAGUUCGAUUUGAAUUAUCGUUUAUCAUGGGAUCCAAAUGUCUCAUGUUUAAAACAAAUUUAUAAUGAGGAGUAUGGUAAAAAAGCAAUUGUUAAAUGGAUAGCUAAAUUUCCGUGGCCAAUGUCUUCAAGAUUAUACAUAUACAAACGUUUAAUUAUGGUUGAUGAAGAAAACUUUAAAGUUAUUCUUUUUUCUAAAGGUCUCAAUCAAACGGAAUAUGAGGACAAUGACAAAAAUUUAGUAAGGGUGUCUAACUAUAUCUCUACAAUGGUUGUUGAAUGUAUUCCUGGCAAAGGUUUUUUUGAUAAUGGCAUAAAUUAUAUUUUAACAUAUAUCGAUGAUCCUGAAGCUGAAAUACCAAAUCAUUUGUAUGAUUAUAUUGUUAAAAGAAGUGGUCCAACGUUUAUGGAUAACGUAUUUAAUGCUGCAAAAAAACUUCAUGAAAAUAGGGUAAAAAAAAAGUUGAAUGGAGAAAAUUACAAAAGUUUGUUUACUGAAUUUUUAAAUGAAAAGAAGGAAGCCGCAAAAUUAGUAAAAGGUGAAAAAGAUGAUGAUGAAAUAGAAAGAGAGUGGAUAAUGGAUAACUUAAUAAAAUUUUAA